ACAUAUCUAUAAAUCUUUCAUAAUUUGCCUCUCUUCGUUAAUAUCUCAUGUUUAUUAGCUGUAUAAUUUUGCCUCUAUUUUUAAGUCUUGAAAGUCAGAUCUCCAACCCACCACCAAUGGUACUCUACAAGCUACUCUGGACGCCACACGUGGCUCAGGAUCCACCAGCCACACCAAGUUCCCCUAGUCGAAAUUUCCCAACUUUGCGCGCUCACACGACAAGCAGCUCUUUGUUCAUCAGUCUCUCCUACCACCAUCAUCACGCCCGGAAUCACAAUGGUUGGCGCCCGACAAGGAUCUCGCUUGGCGAGAGCCCUUUCUGCGAGACAAUUGCCCUUACAGCCUCAGUCUCUGUGCGCGACGAGACUUGCGUCGACAAAGGCAGCCCCUGCAGCUUCAGGAGCAGCAAAAACAUCACAAUCGUCGGCCGGGUCUCCCCUGGAUCAGAUUGAAGGUGUCUCUUCAUUCGGUACACCUGCGCCUGAUGCUGCCACUCUGAAAAAAUUUGAGGGCGCUCAGGGCACACGGACAAAGGACCAGCAGUUGCCAGGUAGCCGAUACCAAUACCAUCCUCCCAAGUACAACCGCGGACCUCUGCACCCGGUGCAGUCUCCUCCAUCUUCGGACCCAAUUGCCAGAGAUUUCGUUCCCGGCCCGUUCAGUGUCCCUCGACUUAUGCACACCUACGACAGUACCAUCGCUCCCGACUUGGCGACUCUCACAUACCAACACACACCACCUGGAACAAAGAAAUCAGACGCACCUAAGGCGCGUCUUCGUGAAUGGGAUGACUCCUCACCAUACCACAAGAACCGUCCCUUGCGCGGACCUCGUGGUGGCUCGUCUUCCCGUCUUGGCCUGCUGGAGCGUGACUUGAGCUGGUUUGAGAUUCCCCGCAUCGAGGCCGUUACUAUCAACAUGUUUACUCCCAAGGCUGUUUCUGAUAAGGAGUACUUGAACGCUGCUCGUGCUGUCUUGCAGGCUAUCAGCGGUAACUUCGCCGAUACUACCACCAUCAAGAAGCACGUCGUUCAGUGGGGCCUCCGUAAGGGUGCCAACGGUGGUGUUAAGACUACGUUGCGCGGUGCCGCUGCGCUAGAGUUCAUUGAUAAGCUGGUGACUCUGGUCUUGCCCAAGAUCAAAGACUGGCCCGGCCUUGAUGCUAGCACUGGCGACAGAGCUGGCAACAUUGCCCUCGGCUUGAAGCCUGAUUGGAUGGCUUACUUCCCUGAACUCGAGACCAACUACGAUAUGUACCCUGCCAAGCUUAUGCCUGGUUGCCACAUCUUUAUCCAGACGACAGGAACCUCUGAUCGACACGGUCGACUCUUGAUGCAAGCUUUGGGUUUCCCUUUCCACGGCAAGAUCACAUACUAAAUGUUGUCACAUCACAUCCCGGAUGCAUUAAAAUCAUGUAUAAUACAAAAACUUUCCAUUGUAUGAUAGAUAUAUUAUAGCCCGCGCAGGAGGCAGCGGGAAAUCAAACUCAUUGUUUAACCCUUUAGAAUACUAUGUCUACUCAAAAUCUUUUGUUGAACCCCAAAAAAUAAAAGACGCCAGCAACUCCGAUGUAUGCCCUCAUGUAAUUUCUUCCACCCAUUUAUUCCUUGUAGCAUUUAUUCCGUAUUUUCUUUUUGCUUAAGCAGAAGCAGAUGCCUUGGCCUUUUCUCUCAGAGGAAGGAUGAUUGUGUCGACGGCAUCCAUAUCGGUAGCGUCCACCUUUUCAAUCGAGUGACCCUUGGUGUUGAGCUCUGCAACAGCAGCAUCAAGAGAAGGCUGGUAGUUGCGAAUGGCAGAGCUAAGGGCGUAGAUAGCCUUGCGACGAACCUGCUCGGAUUCGGCCUCAGAAACUGCCAAGCUUACAAGCGGUGCAACACCACCGGCAGCCAGCAGACGUUCCUGGGUCUUCUCGUUGUUCUGGACCGCAGUACCAAUGCACCAAGCAGCCAUCUUGCGGAUCUCGGCCUCCUUGUUGCUCAGCUGCUCCAGAAGAGGGGUCCAGAGGUUGAGGUUGGCCAUGUUGUUUGCGUUGUCGAGACUUUCGAUGAGCUGCUCAAAGUUGUCGAAGGCGAUGAGCUUGUUUUCCAGGCUAACUUCUUCAUCGGGAGAAGUGAUAAUCUCCAUGGAAGCCUUCAUAAGGUCGGCCUCGGACGGUCCGCCCAUUAGAGCCUCGAGAACCUCUGGGGUAAGGUUGGACUGUUGCUGGGCGCCAGACUGGGCAGCCUCGGCGAGCGCCCCUUCGUCGGAGUUUUGAAUGCCCCAGCGGAGCAGUUCGUUGAGUUUCUUGUUGUCAUCCAUAUUGUCAGGUAGCUGAAAAUAAUGUUGGAAACAGUUGAAUUGCGCGGGGAAAAGCUGUUGCUGUCGAAUGGUGGGGUGACUUUUUUUAUGUAGCUGCUCAUGAUUUUUUGUCCUUCUUCUGGAACCUUCAAGAAUAGUCUAACCGCAUUGGGUUUAGCGCCACGUCUCAAUCGACUUGCCAGCAUUCAUGCGUAGAUUCGAUUCCGCUAAUUAUGCUUAGAAGUAGAUCUACUAAUGAACUAUAUGUCUUUUUCGGGUAUAUGAGCAUUUAUAUAGAAGCAGUUUGUAUGUUAUUGUCAGUUUCAAUUAGGAGGGCUUGGUUGAAAGGCUCCAUAGCUACACCUCUUCACGCUUGCUCAUACCGACACCGUCUACCCUAUGGAGCAAACAGGUGCAGUAUGUAUUAUGAAACAAUUUACCAGUAAGGUGGUUUGAAAACUCAAGCAUGAAACGCCAUGUCUGUGUUUAUCCCUCAGUAGCGGUGCUGGAUGAGGGAGCCUGUUGAUGUUGCCUCUGUACACACUGUGCGAUCCAAGCUGUAAUGCAGUGACGGAAAGUUUAAUUUCCCUAAGCCGAGUUAAGGAGGCUGGUGCCUGCCACUAGGCAACUAUAAUCAUAUUACUACGGAUAUAGGGGGGAAAUACACGGUUGGUUCGGGUGCUGAGAUGGAGCAAGGCAACCUGCGUUUCUGUGAGUGGCUGGGGAGGCCAGCAGAGCGCAUACUCGUCAUAACCUCAGUAUAUCAGCUAUACUAUGAGUGUUAUUUUCUUUUUCUUUGGCCUUCAUUCUGCACCUCAACGCACAGCCCUUCUUGGUGGGAUGAACGCGAUUCAGUUCCGGGAUGCAUGAUGGCGGCAACGGCGGGACUGGGCGCUCGCUGCAUCUGACGUGCAUCCAAAGCUAGGAGAUGCCCAGGUUUCUGCUCGUCGUAAACGUCAUCGGAUAAAUUACGCAAGGCAACAAUAUAUCAUGUACAGAGCACUAGGGAACGAACCGCUCCAUGUAGCUCAUGUAGCUCAUGUGGUUGGAAAGAUCAAAAGUGCAUCAGGCUGCCAUUUAGCGGAAUCAGACGAGGCUUGGACGUUGACGCAAGCUGACGACUUGUCCGCCGCCCGCCACCGAAGAACACCCCCGGAGCCGCCCCCAAGAGGACGGACGCUGGCGCAGUGCUAACGGGGCGAGCAGGAGCUAAAAUUAGGGCCUGGGCAACGCUGCAACACAGGAUGAGACGCCGUCAAUUCCUCAGCGAAAGCACCGACUGGACUGUUUCUGCUCCACUAUUGGUGUACAACCCGUAAGGGCAGCUCAAGAGCAGCUCCAGUUUGUUGCGUAUGUCUCUCACCGGAACUAUUUUGCUGUUCUGUUUCACCCGAGUAGGAGCGUGGUGGUGCUUUGACUCAGCUGUCGGGUUUUUGACCGCCUGGACGGAUGCUGGGCAUAGGUAUGCAGCUGCCUGCGAGAUAGGCAUCUAUAAUUUUUUUUGCCAAUUUUUACAUCACAGGGGACUAUUUUCUGUGCCGCAACGG